AUGCUCAAGUCAAAGUGGGCAACACAGCCCGACGAGGCAGACAAAACUCCAGUGCCAGUCGCCGACAAGACCCCGCCAAAGCCACAACCACCGUCCGAGCCAGCAGCACCAGCACCAGCUCAGGUUGCCAGCGCGUCCUACGACCCCGCCUAUGACGACCCCUUAAUAGACCCAUUCGCUCAAACUGCAAGCACCGACGACCUAUUUUUUGACGACGAUAUCACGCCUAUUGCCGAGCCAGUCGUCGAGGCAAAUCCACCAGAGCUGCAGCCUUCCGCCCCCGAGUUUGUACCUGAAGAGCCAAAGCCACCUGUCGCACCACAGGCGCAUCUGGCGCCGCAAGCCCCAAGAGAGCCCAGGAACAACGAUAGAGGAAGCCGUGGCCGUGGACGAGGAAGGGGCCGUGGAAGGGGCCGUGGAGGCCAUAAUACUGAUAUUCGGCUUGAACAAAACGACAAAAAGGCUGUCGAGGUGCCAAAAGAGGCGGAGCCCGCGACUGCAGACAAGGUCGCUACAGAAAAUGCCGACUCUUCAUCCGUCCCUCCAUCUGCUCCCACAGAACCAAAAGAAAAACCAACCCACUCUGUGCGUGGCGACAGGACACUGACUGGUGGCGCCGCACGCACACGCCUGACCGAAGAUGAAUUGAACGCCAAGCUUGCCAACAUGCGCAUCAAGAACGAAGCUCGUCAGACUGCUCACGCUCGCGCUGAAGCCGACAAGGGCAACUUUGAGGCUCGCGAAGCGGUUAUGCAGCAGCAGGACAUAGAGCGUAAGAAGGCACUAGCUGAGAAGCAAAAGGCCGAACGCCAGAGUCGUCAGCAGAUGAUGGGCGAGCGCGAGAAGAACCGACAGCGUAAGCUGAAAGCACAGCAGGGCAGAGAGUGGGACUUGGAGAAAGAGGAUGGGUUUUCAGGUAUUGGAGACGACAAGCGCAGAGGUGCCGCCAGAGGUGCUCACGGCGGUAUUGCGCCCUCACGACCAGCCAACAACGGAUUCAACGGCGACGAUUAUAAUGAGCCUAUGACACAUUCUGGCCGGGGACGCGGCAGAGGCCGCGGUGGCCGAGGAGGACGAGGAGGACGUGGCGACUAUGACGGAGCGGGAUCGAGACCAGCAGAGCAGAAGAAGUUCGACAAUCCCCCGCCUUCUGCCGCAGACUUCCCAGAGCUUCCUCCAGCGAAAGGCAAAGCUAUUGAAACUAAGGACCCCGAACCCGAACCCGAACGUCCAACUAUUCAGAAGCAAGACUCCUUUGGGUUGCCAUCGCCAAUGGAAAAGGGCCGUAGCUGGGCUGAUGAAGUAGGCUCGUAG